CGGCAUCGCCCGAAAUGAUGGCAUGCAGCCAAUCAGGUGACGAGUUUCCAACAGCGCCAUUCGACAACUUUUUUGGCUGGAAAUUCAGAAGACUCACGAGAAGAGGAUAAUGACAAUUCUCGUGCCGCGCUCUUCAACAUGACCACUCCAGUGAGAAGCGUCGCGUACAAGCACUUCCAGCGAGUUCUCGCUCAAUGGCCAAAGGACCGACUCCGGCCUGAAUCCCAACUCCAAGAUGUCCUCACCAAACGGAUAGACAAGCAAUUUGCGGAGCGGAAGGCAGGCUCGGCGGCCGGUUUGCUCAGUGAGGAGGCCGAGCUGAAGCAGGUGAAUGCCAUGUACUCCCUGCUGGAGGACCGGUAUAAGACAAAGUAUCGCAUCCUAGGCCAGCUGAUGGAGCCGAGAAGCAACCCGGCUUACUACAACGCCCUCAUGACCGAACUCGAGGAGGUGCCGACGAGGACGUGGUACCAAAGAAUCGCAAAUAGGCUGGGGGGGAUGAUCAGGUUGCAAUAAAGCUGGGACAGAUCUCCGCUCUCUGUAUUGUAUUAUAUCGCACUUGCAUCGCGGUCGGCGUUUUGGGAUACAGGAUACAAGGAUCGGAUGCAGCAUUAAAAACCUAACUAUGUAUUGCUGGUGUACAUUUCUACUUUUUCUCUACCCAGACAAGCCGGGGGGGUAUUAUGCAACCCAUUUGGAAAACAACUACCUCCGCAGAAACGAAAUCGCCAGAAGGAGGAGUCAGCUCUGGAAAGACUUCAUAUGUAUUUCCCUUCGGGA